AUGGAGCAGCAGGCCUUGGCCAGGCACCUCAACACUGUGGGUCACCUAGUUCACGGUGGAGAAAACGCCACUGACGGAAUAAACAAAGGAAACGCGGGAGCGAAACCCCGGAGGCAAGAAUCCCGCCCUACGCCCUCCACCAAAGAGCGUCUCAUCUCACACGCCUCGCCUGCAGGCCCCGCCUCGCGCAGAGCGGGCCGCCCGCCCCGCCUACGUCCUCAGGUCCGGGGUAGACAACACUGGUUGGCAAAGACUCCAGACCUCUACGAGCCCAGAUGGCUCCUCCCGUGCGCAAUGGCGCUACGGCCGGCACGCGAGGGGCGGACCACAGGCGCCGUGCGGCAGCGAGCCAAUGAACGGGCGCCAGCCUACCCGCGGCCCAAUGGCGAUGGAGCGUGGGCACGCUGGGGGCGGGCCGGGAGCGUCAGACUUUUCCAGAAGACCCGGAUAGAAGCCUCCCCGGCCACGCUGAGCCGGGGUCUGCGUACUGCUCACGCUGGUCUCGGACCUUGUUCUUCAGCUAUGGCGGCCGUGAAGACACUGAACCCCAAGGCCGAAGUGGCCCGGGCGCAGGCGGCGCUGUCGGUUAACAUCAGCGCUGCGCGGGGGCUGCAGGAAGUGCUGAGGACCAACUUGGGGCCUAAGGGCACCAUGAAGAUGCUCGUGUCCGGCUCUGGAGACGUCAAGCUGACCAAAGACGGCCACGUGCUUCUUCACGAAAUGCAAAUUCAACAUCCAACAGCCUCCUUAAUAGCAAAAGUAGCAACGGCCCAGGAUGACAUAACUGGUGAUGGUACUACCUCCAAUGUCCUCAUCAUUGGAGAGCUGCUGAAGCAGGCAGAUCUCUACAUUUCUGAGGGUCUUCAUCCUAGAAUAAUCACUGAAGGUUUUGAGGCUGCAAAGGAAAAAGCCCUUGAGUUUUUGGAACAAAUCAAAGUAAGCAGAGAG